AUGGGAAAGAAAAAGAGUUCUCGCGGGUCGUCGCGCAACGGCGGCGACGCGGACGACGACGACACAGCGAGCAUCGCGUCGUCGUCGAGCGACCUUCCCGCCGUGUACUCCGGCGCGCGCGACGACGUCUACUGCGCGGCGACGGCCACGGAAGCGCUUCUAGACGCGCUGCAGGAGAAGCGGUCGACAACUCGCGAGGCGGCGCUCAAAGGGCUGGCGACGACUCUGGCGUCGCAAGUGCACGGGGAGCUGGUGCAGGACAAGUUCGACACUCUCACGCAGGGUUUUCUCUCGUGCCUUAGAAAGGGCAAGGCGCCCGAGCAAGUUCUUGCUGCCCGAUGCCUUGGUCUGCUGGCGCUCACCCUAGGGGCGUCUGACUCGUGCGAGGAGCUGCUCUCCUCGUCGCUGCCGCAUCUGAGCAAGCUGGCUCGCGCUGCUGGCUGCGCCGCCACCCGCGUUGCUUGUCUAGACGCCAUGGCCAUCAUCACGUUCGUGGGGGCCAUGGACGCACACGCCACAGAGGAAAGCAUGAGCCUUCUGUGGCUCGUUGCGAACCCUCAGGGUGCCAGCAAGGCGGUGGUGCCAGCAGCAGUGAGGGGAUCAGCCAUCAGCAACUGGACCCUGCUGCUCUCCACACUGCCCUCCUCGCAGCUCUCGCAGUUCCACACUCGCAGUGAGCUGGAAGUUCUCUCCCGCUGCCUGCAAGACGCGGACCUGGGUGUGAGAGGGGCGGCAGGCGAGGCCAUAGCCCUCGUGCACGAGCACUGCCCUCAAGACGCUGCAGACGAAGUUGGGAGUGGAGCAGGCUCGGGAGGAGGUUCGGCAAAUGGCUUGGCAAACGGUGGUGUGGAGAGCAGUGACUCGGAUGACUCUAUCGUGGAUGGGGUGGUGCUGCCUGAUAAACCCGUGGGCGUACUGUGCGGUGCAGUGGAGAGCAGUGACUCGGAUGACUCUUCCGUGGAUGGGGUGGUGCUGCCUGAUAAGCCCGUGGGAGGUGGGCGUCAGGGCAGUGCGACGGUACAGAGGGCGGUGGAGCAGAUGCAGCAGCUGACGGUGGGCAGCAGCAAGCAGAUGACCAAGAAGGACCGCCUCUCACAGCGCCUGGCGUUCCGGGAGAUCCUCGGGUCCAUCAGGGACAACGGGAGGUGCUCCGAGACGGUGAUCAGGCUGAAGCACGGCGACUCACUGCGCGUCGACACGUGGACGCUGACAGUGCAGCUGAAUGCUCUCCGGAGGUUUCUAGCGGACGGCUUUCAACGCCAUUUGCAGGAGAACGAGCUGCUGCAUCAAGUGUUCAGCUACCAGCCUCGCAUGGAGAAAAAGGAGGUGUUCCAAACCGCCGUGCAGAAGCGUAUGAUUCUCUCUCCCAACUCCGAGGCCAGUCGCAACCGCUCUGUGGCUCGCAGGCGCAGCCGUCUCGCAGCUCAGGAAAGCAACUUUGCAUUUUUCGCUCAUGACGACUGA